AGACAAGACACACCUACACUCACAACAAAUUAAAAUUUCUCCCUCAUCCCGAGGUAGGUAUCGUCCCGUCAAGCGUGGCUAAUCAAGGCACCAAAAGGAAAAUGAGCAGCUCGGAGGAGGUCUCAUGGAUUUCAUGGUUCUGCGGCCUACGGGGCAAUGAAUUCUUCUGUGAAGUGGACGAGGACUACAUAAACGAUAAGUUUAACUUGACUGGACUCAACGAACAAGUGCCACACUACAGACAGGCUUUGGACAUGAUUUUAGAUUUGGAACCUGAUGACGACCUAGAUGAAAAUCCAAACCAAUCAGACUUAGUAGAGCAGGCCUCUGAGAUACUGUAUGGUUUAAUACACGCAAGAUAUAUUUUAACCAACCGAGGAAUUGGUCAAAUGUUAGAAAAAUUCCAACAGGGUGAUUUUGGUCAUUGUCCACGUGUGUACUGCGAGAACCAGACCAUGUUGCCUAUUGGUUUAUCAGAUGUCCCAGGCGAGGCGAUGGUAAAGCUAUACUGUCCUCGGUGUAUGGACGUCUACACCCCAAAAUCCUCACGACACCACCACACCGACGGUGCCUUCUUUGGCACUGGAUUCCCACAUAUGCUGUUUAUGGUGCACCCGGAAUACCGACCCAAACGCCCAGCAUCACAGUUUGUGCCUCGGCUUUAUGGAUUUAAGAUCCAUCCCCUCGCUUACCAGAUUCAGCAACAGGCAGCAGCAAACUUCAAAGCACCCCUGCGGACUCUCUCGUACAACAACGAAAUGAAGACGACGAGUAACAUUCCAAAAUGAUUGUAAGCCCACCGAAGUGCUGCAUCCCUCAUGCUGACAAAUGGGAAGGAUAGUGGUGCUUUUAGACAAAUAAACAAUGCAAAACAAAUAUUUACUAACAAUUUAAUUAAAAAGUUGUUUUAAAUUCAAAUAAAGUUUAUUUAUAAGG